AUGCUGCUUAAAUGAACAAAGAUCAAAAAGUCCACAGAAUUCCAACUGAUAAUUACGCUUUUCAGACAUUGGUGAAUAUGUACCUCAAUCCAAGUAGACCUUCCUCAAAGGAGUUGGUGGAACUUCAUGUUUUUUAUGUCCCUCAAGGAUCGUGGAACUAUAAGUUAAACACUAUUUCAAUAGAAGUUGUUAACAAAUUCAUUUCAGCUGGAUUUAUAAGGGUAUCUCCUCACCUUACUUUACAAGCCCUGAGGGCACGUCUUGGUGAGUUCCUUGGUGAAGAUGCUGUUUCAGAAAAAUUUUUGUUUCUGAAAUGCAUUGGAAAUAAUCUAGCUGUGGUGAAGACAAAGCAAGAAUCAGAACUGAAACUCAAAUCAUUUGUUCCUCCAUAUGCUCUCCAACCAGAAUUAUAUUUGCUUCCUAUAAUGGAUCAUUUAGGAAAUAUUUUUUCAACACCAUCAACGGACUCUUUAAAUGGGCCACAGAUCAAUAAUGUUGUUGCUGAGGCUGAUGGAAAAAUCCACAUACCAGUUAGUGUAACUUUGUCAAAGGAAGAACCUGGAAGAAAUCCCAGCUUUUUAGAAAGCACUUUGAAAGAAGUUCUCAACAAGAACCAGGAAGAAGCGGGGGGAAAAACCACUCCAAAAAAAUACCAGACUACAAAAAAUAAAGGAGGAAAUUCUGAAUUGCCAGGAUCUUCGGGAGAUUCAAACAAUAAUCAUUUUGGCAACAAAAGUUAUUAUCUUUGGAAAAAUGAAGAUAGAGUUAAUGUAAUUAGAAGAGAGGAAAAUCAGAUUGGUAAAAAAGAGUACAUCACCCUACCAGCUCUUGAUUUUUCUUCACUUCAUCGUCAACCUGUUCUUUCUCCAGGAAUAAAUGAUAGCUCUUUACUACAGAUUGAAAGAGAGAAGAUUAUUGAACAAACAAAACAAGUAAAGGAAGAAAGAAUAUACCUGGAAAGAAUUAGAGAAGACCUAGUAAAAAAAAUUGAAAAGCUAUUUCAACAAAGCAAAUUAAAACAACAUCAUGGCUUUGGUAAUUGGAAGAAAAAGUACCUUGAAACAAAGAAAAUCACAGCAUCAUUAGAUGAAUCUUUAAAAAAGCUUCAAGAAGACUUGGAACUUUACUAUAAAAAGUUGCUUAUGCAACUUGAAACCAGAGAAAUCAGGAUGAGACCCAAAAAUCUGGCAAGCGUCACAGAAUCCAAGAAUUACCUUAUAAUCCAGAUUACUGAGGUACAACAUGCAAUUGACCAACUUAAAAGAAAACUGGACACUGACAAAAUGAAACUCAUAAUAGAAGUUAAGAUGAAAAAGCAAGCAGUGACAGAUUUACGAACACUGAAAGCUGAAUUGGCACAGAAGAAAAUAAUACACCUGUACAGUCUCAAUUAGGGAGCAUUGGCUGCUGCAAUACAUUCUGACCAGAUCUGACUUUGUUCAUCAUAAGACAUCACGAAAAGAAAGUCACAAG